AUGGAUACUAACUUCUCAACACUGAAAGUCAAAAUGGCAACAAUGUCAGACCUACAGAUUUUGCAAGACAACCUUGACCACUUCUUUCUGAUCAUCACAGGCUGCCUCAUUUUUUUUAUGCAAACAGGAUUUGCUUUUCUUGAAGCUGGCUCAGUAAGAUCAAAGAACACAACAAACAUUCUGAUCAAGAAUUUCUUGGAUGUUUUUAUUGGUGCAGUGGCCUAUUGGAUGUUUGGGUAUGCAUUUGCAUUUGGAGCAGAAAGCAAUGGCUUCAUUGGACACAAGUUUUUUGCACUGGCAGAUUUACCAGCUGACAAAUACUCUCACUGGUUUUUCCAUUUUGUUUUUGCUGCCACGGCAGCAACAAUUGUCAGUGGUGCCAUGGCAGAGAGGACAGAGUUUAAGGCUUACCUGUUGUACUCUGUGUUUCUCACUGGCUUUGUAUACCCAGUAGUCACUCACUGGGCUUGGGAUGGAAAUGGUUGGCUGUACAAGGGUGUGGAUUACACUAAAGACAAUGUAACCUUGUCUGUUACAUUCCAGGAUUUUGCUGGCAGUGGGGUUGUUCAUGUUCUUGGUGGUACUGUUGCCCUAGUUGGAGCAACUGCUGUUGGACCAAGAAUAGGAAGAUUUGUGAAUGGUGUCCCUGUUCUACUUCCAGGCCAUACUGUACCACAAGCAGCUCUUGGAGGAUUCAUCCUGUUUUUUGGCUUCCUGGCAUUCAAUGGUGGCUCACAGGCAGCCAUUGCUAGUGCAGGUGAUGCAGAUGCUGUAGCACUGUCCGUUGUCAACACAAUCCUUGGAGGAGCUGCAGGUGCCCUAACUGCCAUGAUCAUCAAACGUCUGGGCUAUGCAGCAAAGUACUGGAGCUUACUUUUCACCAUUAACGGCGGACUUACUGGAAUGGUGGCCUUGUGUGCAGGUUGCAAUGCCGUCCAUCCUUAUGCUGCUUUUUUCAUUGGCAUCAUUGCUGGAAUGGCCUACGUUGGAUGGAGCACUCUUCUGAUUCGUUUAAAGAUUGAUGAUCCACUGGAUGCUGUGGCAGUUCACUUUGGUGGUGGUUUCUGGGGUGUGCUGUCUGUUCCCAUCUUCAACACAGAAUCUGGAAUAUUCUAUGUUGGAAGCGAGCAUUCAUUCUGUUUGUUUGGAUGGAACCUGCUGGGAGUGCUUGCCAUCAUGGCCUGGUCUGCAGCAUUGAGUGUCCCCAUGUUUUUCAUGUUGCGCAUCUCAAAGCAGCUUCGUGUCAGUGCAGAAAUCGAGCAGAAAGGUCUUGAUAUUCCCAAACAUGGCGAGCCAGCAUACCCAAUGGCCAGUUAUGGAGACGGUUGGUCAGAGUUGCCACAUAAUCCACAGUCCUAA